CUGUAUUUAGUAAACACCAUUUAAUAUGAGUUGGUUGUGGCUGGAGUUUGUCGACCAAUAUUAUAUUCUGCAGUGUUGACUAUCAGGUGUUCGUCUUACCAAUAUAUCCUCAAAAUAACUACCGCACCAGAAUGAGUAAACAAAAGACUGAAAUAAAGGUGCUCAUUACAUCACAAAUGGGAAAAAAGGAUCAGGGCAAGAAAUGUGACCUCAAAGACACUAUUAAAACUAAGGUGAAAACUUCACAUCACACACCUAACAAGCGGCCACAUGAGAUAGAGAGUGUGCAAAUCUCCCACAAGACUCCUACAAAUGCAUCCAACACAGCAUGUGCAGUAACACCCCGAACACCUGCUGCAGCCACAACAUUAACACCCAGAGCAACCAAAGCACACUUGUCAGAUACUGUAUCCACUACUCCCCGCACACCUGCAACAUACAAAUUACGCACUUCUGACUCUCAGGGUACAACACCCUGUCCUAACCCCUCGCCUGUGCCAUGUUCUGUAAAAAGUAUAACAGCAAGGCUGCAACACACUCCUCUUCAGUCCUCAGUUUCCAAGACUUCUGCAACUAAUACACCAAGACAGUGCCCCACCCCUAAUGUGUCACUACCAAAAAGAUUUCGGCAGGAAGAUGACACUCAGAAAACAGAGUCGAGCCAUAUUAGCCCAUGGGUGCGACCUCCCAAAAAUGCAAAGGAUGUUGAUGGUUGGAAAAAAGAUGAUGAUGGGAGGAGAAAGGAUAACCUUAAUAGAGUUUUGUCCUCUACUACUCUUAAUGUUCCAUCUCCGUUCAGAAGGACCAGGGUUUCCAGCAGUAGACUAUCUGGUGAUUCCAAAACCCCAACUUCAGGAAGAUCUUCAGGAGCUUCAAAGCAUUCAUUUGGCUCUGGUACACAGACCCCAAACAGCAGCUCAAGGAGAUCAAGUGCAAGCCACAGUCGACCCUCCAACCGAUCAUAUCCUCCUUCUGGUGGGCUUGUGAAUUUGACACCAGAAGUUGUGAGCAAUUACCACCCAGUAAAGUUACCCACAAGUCCAGGUAUAGUAAACUGCUAUGGAGGUGCAGAGUCAACAAGUGUGUCUGUCGGAGUGAGAGUGCGUCCACUCAGCUCAAGAGAACAGUCAUCAGCAGAAAUGAGAAGUGUUGUUGAUGUUGUGGGUAACAACAUAAAACUUACCACUGAUAGUGGCACCGUUCAUUGUUUCACCUAUGACCAUUGCUUUUGGUCUCUUGAUGAUAAACACCCCCUUUAUGCCUCUCAGGAAGCUGUGUAUAAUGCCCUGGCACAGCCACUGCUGGAAAAGGCAUAUGAAGGCUACAACACUUGCCUCUUUGCCUAUGGUCAAACUGGUUCUGGGAAGAGUUACACGAUGUUAGGAGAAGAUUCCUACGAUGACUGUGAGACAGAGGUGCCUGCAACUGCCGGCAUUAUCCCUCGCUUUUGUAGGGACCUCCUGAGUCGUGCUGAUUACUUACACUCACAGAACCCACCAGAGGAUCAACUGCCUCAAUGUCGCGCUGAAGUGGAAUUAAGCUACAUUGAGAUCUACAAUGAGCGUAUAUAUGAUUUACUCUCAAGCGGAGGGAGUGGAUCUGAUCGUCGAGAGGCUUUGAGAGUGAGGGAACACCCAAAAGAUGGUCCUUAUGUGGAGGGUGUUGCUCAUCAUUUGGUAUCAUCAUAUGACCACCUACAGACAUGGCUUAUGCUAGGAAAUAAAGAGCGCUCCAUCGCUGCCACUGGGGUGAAUGACAAAUCUUCUCGCUCUCACGCUGUCUUCACCAUCAAACUCACUCAGAUGCAGGUGGAAGAUGUUGAAGGUGAGCACUUGGAGAGUAGCAAGGUGAGCAUCAUAAAUCUGGUGGACCUGGCAGGGAGUGAACGUGUGGCAGCUGCACAGUCACAGGGAGACAGACUCAAGGAAGGGGUUUGCAUAAACAAAUCACUUUUAACCCUCGGGAAGGUGAUCACAGCCCUUGCAGAGAGUGAAGGACGACGAAGGCCAUUCAUUCCUUACAGGGAGUCAGUACUGACAUAUUUAUUAAAGGAGUCUCUGGGAGGUAACUCUCGGACUGCAAUGAUUGCCACAGUCUCCCCUUGUAAUGUUUAUUUGGAGGAAACUCUGUCAACCCUUCGCUAUGCACAGCAAGCUCGUAUGAUAGUUAACCACAACUACAUCAAUGAAGAUCCCACAGCUAUGAUUAUCAGAUCUUUGAAAGAGGAGGUAGAACGCCUUCGCCUCCAGCAUAUAAGACGGAGCCCUUCUUUGCUGUUUGAAGGAGAAUCUAUGGAAGAUGAAGAAGUUGUUCAUGAGGAGGAUGGAAUAGAGAAAGAAAAGGCUCUCAUGGAGAGAGAAAAUGCCAUCAUUCAAAAAGAAGAGGAGAAGAACCAGGCAAUCAAAGAAAAGGAAGAAGAAAUAGCUAUACUGCAAGAAAAACUGCGGUGCCAGCAGCUGCAGUGCAAACAGCUUCUUAUCCAAAAUAAUAGAAGUCUGGAGAGGCGCCUCACAGAAGCAGAAGCUCAGCGGCAACAAGCCUUGGAAAGCCUUCGUCGCCUUGGUAUUGCAAAUGAGAAGGAGACAGGUCCCGUACUUAUCAAUUUGAGUGAAGAUCCACAACUUUCUGAGACACUGUCAUAUAGACUUAAGAAUGGAACCACUACAAUUGGACACUCCGAUUGUGACCUGACUCUCCGUGGACUCCACACAGACAGUGUUCAUUGUUCCAUAUUAAAUGACAGUGGUCACCUACAGCUACAUCCCAAGAUAAACACAGAUACAUAUGUCAAUGGCAAAUUAGUCACCUCUCCUCAAAAACUGCAUCACAAUGACCGGCUUGUACUAGCUGGUAUUUACUACUUCCGGAUGAAUAGCAGCAAAGAUUCCAGCCUGCAGACCUCAAAGAAUAUGGACUUUUACUUUACAAAAGAGGAACUUUUAAAGGAACAAGAAAAGAGGUUGCAGAGAGAAGCAGAGAUGGUUAUUGCUUCAAGUAAAGCUGAAAUGGAGCAAGAAAUGUGCCAUCAGCGAGACAGACUGAUGAAUGACAUACAGGAAGCAAGGAAUCAGCUGAUGAACAAGCAGCAACUAGUGUGUGAGCUUGAAGGAACACAGUGGAAACUGGAGGCAGAAAAACGCCUCCUGGAGGAGCAGAUCUUGAGGGACAGAAAAAAUUCUCAACCCCUUGACCUCUCUCUUCAGUCUACAACAUUACUACAUUCAAAUAUCCUACAAGAGGUUGAAGCAAUCUUCAAUGAAUCAGUCCAAGAAGUGAGAAAAGAGACCACCAAUGUCACCCUUCCAAUACUCAGUUUGAGAAUAAAAGAAGCCAAUCAGAUCUGUAAGAAACUAAAAAAGCCAUAUGAAUUCAUGAUGCAAGAAAUAUUAAAUGAAACAGGCCUGGAAGUUGUGGUACUUAUGAAGGAUUUACCACAUCAGAUGACAGCCACACUCACCAGAGCAGCUUUCAAAAAGAAAUUGCAAGUUCUGCGUGACAUUAUCCAGGGUGAGGAAUAUGAAGAUGAAAUGUUUGAAACCAGCUUGCAAUGGGAGCGCACUGAAGAUUUAAGCUGUGUGCCUGGAUUUGUGAACAAAUUACUAGAAUGUCCUUCUCUCCACACGUUAAAUACCUCUCUGAAUUGUUCCAUUAGUGCACCAUCAUCCAUUCUUCCACGCUUAAACACCAGCAGGAGAAAUAACAUGUUACUUGGUGUAGAACAUUCAAAUAUUGCAAGUAAUUCAGAGAUGACUGCUUGUAAAGGUUCUGUGACAGUAGCAGCUACAGUCCACUGGGCCCUGGCCAGCUUGCCUACUGCUGACCCCUUAACUCCUCCUCUCACCACUGCUUUAAAUGCUGUUGCUGAUUUGUAUGGAGUUACAGUACACAUUAGAGACCACAUAACAGAGCCAGGUCACACACUGGCAGAUGGUGAUCUCAGCAGGAAGCUCAUUCAUUUGUAUCACUCAAGCCAAACUGCAGUUAGCAGUCUCUUGGCUGUAGUCAGCAAUGAGAAUACGACAGACUGCAAAGAAGGUGUACAGUUGCAGGAUAAGCUGCGGCGAGCAGCACCCAAGAUCACUAAUUGUGCAUCUAGAAUCUUCCAGGGUGUAAAGAAUGAAGUGGAUAGUCUGGUGGAAGAAGAGUGUGGCACACUGACAUCAUUGGCACAGACCCUUGUAGCUGAUAUUGCAAAAUUGGCUCUCUUGGCUCCAUUACCAGUACCAACUUUCACUAAAUUAAUACCAGGAGGAGUUUUAUUCAAGAAGUUCACAGAUGGAUUAAGAAAUGGACUUGAUUGGUUGGUGAUCAAUUCUGGUAAAACUGCAAGUAAGACCACAGUCCUCUUGGCAGCUCCCACCUGCAAAGAAGUUGACAGAUCUGAAAGCUGUGAUGCCCUCUCACUUGCUUGUCAGUCUGCAACAUCUGCCAUCUCUGCAUUUCUGAAAAAAUUUGCACAACUCAAUGCCACCUUGAAUUAUGACCAAAGCCUUCCUGAAGACGAGCAGACACGCAAAAUUAUUCUUUGGGUAAAUCGUGUAGAAUCGGCUGCAGACACUAUUACUCAACUAACAGUAGCAGUCUUAGCAGUUAUGAAUCAUAUUACAUUAUCCCAACAAGGGAAACUUAGUUUGGAAGAUUUUAAGAAUGUUGUGGAAGACCUACUGACAAGAUUGCAGUAUCUUAUGCAUUUUGCUGGUGUUAGCCCAACACCUAUAGAUGAUAUAGAGGACUGCUCAUUCUCCUCAAAUUCUGACUUAGAAAAUAGUAGAGAGUUUAUGGAUAACUUACAUACUGUGGCCUGGCGAUCUGUUCAAGCUGUUGAAAAUAUACAGAAUAUUUUAAAUACCUCAAACAAUUCUUCAGAGUCAAAAUCAUCAACAAGUCAUGUCAUUAAAUACAAUAAAAAACAUCUAACUCAAUGGCCAAGAAAUAGUCAAGAAUACCAAAAACUCUUACAAAAAUUAGCAGAACAGAAACAGUCUCAGAUGAAAAGUUCAUUACGUUCUUCUACAGGUGUUCCCAGUGAAGAAAAGAGAGUUAGGUUUGAUGUUAGCUGCACUUCAUCAUCAUCAUCAGUCAGUUGUGUGGAAGAAAUAGAUAUUUAAAAUAUAUUGGUUAUUGUACAGUAAAUAUUGAAUGUUUGGUAUUAGCUCUACUUCAUAAUCAUCAGUCAUUUAUUUUGAAGAAAUAGAUAGUGUAAAUGUUUAUUGAAAAUAAUUAUUUUUAGCUCAAUCACUUUUUUAACAAAGACCUCUUCUUAACACCCUAAUUUUUAACAGACCUUGUUAACACCCUGGUGUUGGCAUAUUGUUGUCUAAUUGUUUUGUCUUUAGCUCAGUUGCUUUACACAGAGGAGUAUUAGCAUCUGCUCAUGGUACUCUUACCAGUGAUUAUAAAAAAAAAUUUCACUCUACAUCAUGAUAAUAUCACAUAUUUUGGGAAAAAAUAGAUACUGUAGAUAUUUGAUAAAUAUAUAUUUUUUAGGAAAAAAAUCAGUUUUAUAGCAUGAUCACAUUUAAAAAAUAAAUAAAUAAAUUAUAAAUACUGUACGUACUUACUUAUGAGUCUCCACACUAGCUUGCAUUUGCCCAGACAUGUUUACACAAUGCCUCUGUAUCCACACCUGCAUAUACUAAAAUCAUAUGCCCAUUCCACAUACAGUACAUGCUACUUACAUGAAAUGUAUAUACAGAACUGUACUACCAUUCACAGCCACCCUUGCUUACAUUAUUUCAAUAAAAUCAUUAAUUAUAAUAUUUACAGGUUUUAGUGCCAUUAUUAGUGAAUUCACAAAACUUAUACAUAGGAAUAAACAGUGAAGUAGUUUCUUACAAUCAGUAUUCCCUAUGUUGUAAUUUAUGAUUGCAUUGCAGGUGCAAAAGGUAUGCUAUAUAAUUGUCCAUUUUGUUAAUGUUAAUUUGCUUAAGCCAUCUCUACUUGUAUGAUGGCGUGUCCAUAUUGAGGUUGAUUAAUUGUGUGGGUGGGUCUCAGUAUAACAGAUUUUACCACUUUAACCCCCUUCACUAAGGGGAUGCUACUUUUAAUGUUUCAUUUGUCUAAUGCCAGACAAUUUUAUUCUGCUCUGAGGGGAACCCAUACACAAAGGAUUAGUAGACUGCUUCCACUAACCCUUUGACUAUGGGGACACCACUUUUAAUACUUUAUUUGGCUAAUGCCAGACGAUUUUAUUCAUCUCGGAGGGAAGCCUGUACACAACAGGUUAAGAAUUCCAGACUGUUAGGCCUGGCAUCAAAAUUGGGAGUCUAAAUACUAAUUGUAAAUGAUGGAGUCCCUUCCUCAACUUUUUUUUAUAUAUAUAUAAUAAAACAAAAUUACCACUUAAUGCAAUACAUUUUACAGUAUAGAAUGGGUCCAUAAUUAUUUUAAUGAUAUCCAAACAUAUUAAACAUAAGAAUAAAUUAUCAGGAAAUUUUCUGUUGAUUACUAGUAUUUAAUUAGUCAUUCUCCCUCUAUGAAUGUUAUUUCCAGUUCAAUAAGUUAAUAGAGUAAAUAAUACAUGACUGCAAAAAAAAUUUUUGUUCAGAUUGUAGAAAAAAGUUUUGGUACUUUUCAAUAUACUGUACUGUACUGCCAAUAAUGUAUAGUUAUGAUCUCUUAAGUUGAUUAAGCUCCAUGAAAUAUGAAUGCAAACAAAAUAUGAAUAGAAGAGGCCUAGAGGCUUAUUACCAUUAUCAGUCUAGAUAAUCAUUGUGGUUUAUGGAACUGUAUUAAAGUCCAGUCUAUUGUAUAAUAAAAUGCAUUUUAAUAA